AUGCGUAUCGCGCCCCCGCACCCGCCUUCUGCGCUAUCAGAGCCCUCGCAUGCGUCCGCGACGAUGAGGAGGGCCGCAGAGGUGGACGAAGCCCUCGGCGCGCGCCUGGGCGUCGUGGCCAUCAUCUUCCUCGUCUCGCUCUUCGCGGUGUCCUUCCCGACGCUCUCCAAGCGCGUGCGCGUGCUCCGCAUCCCGCCCAUCGUCUUCUUCGUCGGCAAGCACUUUGGCACGGGCGUCAUCCUCUCCACCGCCUUCGUGCACCUCCUCCAGGACGCCUUCGACGCCCUCGCCGACCACCCCGCCGGCCGCUUCACCGGCCUCAUCGUCCUCUGCUCCCUGCUCGCCAUCUUCCUCGUCGAGUAUAUAUCCACGUCGUACGUCGACACCCUCCAAUCGUAUCCCUCCCCGCCGUCCUCCCCGCCGCUCGCGUCCUCGCCCUCCUCCUCCACCAUCACCGAAGACCAACCCGACAUCGACACGUCCGACCUCGCCGCGCAGGGCGUGUACACCCUCCCCGCGUCCCCCGCCCCCGCGCGUGAGUCGACCCCGCUCCUCGCGCAGACGCUCCCGCGCUCCUUCCGCCCACAUCAUCCCUACCGCUCCACCACGCCCCGGAGCACCCUCGCGCAAUCCCAGCUCCUCCCCGCCCGCCCGUCCAGGAAGGCGCAGAGCGAGUUCUUCCCCUCGCGCCGGCAGUCCUACCACGCGCACGCGCACGCCCACCGCGGUGUCGAGGCGGACAUAUUCUCGGGUGGGCACCACCGCCACGAGCCGCGCGCGCAGCACGCGAGCCACGUCGGCCGGCGGCGGAGGAGCUUGCAGGCCGAGGAGCUCGCGGGCGCGUUUGGGGCAGGCGGGGGCAGGCCGCAUCCGCAUCAUCCGCAUCAGUGUGAGGUUGACGAUGAGCGGCAGAUAGAUGGGGCGACGGAGGGCGGCGGGGAAGACGCGUUGGAGGAGAGUUACGAUUUUGGGCCGCUCGGGCACCACCAUCACGACGGCGGGCACGGGCACGGGCAUGGCGGGGGCGGGUGGGAUGAGGUGGGCGAGGGCGAGGUGGGCGAGGGGAUUGGGAGGAAACGGGUCGUUGUGGGGAUUUUGGUCCUCCAACUGGGCAUCAUGAUACACUCGCUCGUCAUCGGGCUCACGUUGGCGAUCACGAGCGGGAACGGGUUCACCUCCCUCGUCUUCGCAAUAAUCUUCCACCAGCUCUUCGAGGGCCUCUCGCUCGGCAUCCGGAUCGCGCAGCUCCCCACGGGCGAGCACCCGCACGCGCACCCGCACGCCCACUCCCACCCGCCCCAGCACUCUGACACGGAAGCCCACAGCACCACAUCCAAAACCCCGCGCGCGCGCGCCCUGCGCUUCCUCAAACCCACGCUCGCCGUCCUCUUCGCGCUCACCACCCCGCUCGGCACGCUCGCGGGCCUCCUCUGUUUCGCGUCCUCCGCGCCCGCCGCGCUCACGGGCUGGAUGUGCGCGCUCAGCGCGGGCAUGCUGAUCUACGCGGCGACGGUCGAGAUGCUCGCCGCGGACUUUGUGAUGGACCCCGCGAGCUGGCGCGCGGGGUGGCGGCGCCAGGCGCUCGCGCUCGGCGCGCUGCUCGCGGGCGUGGCGGGCAUGAGUUUGGUUGGGAUGUGA